CCAGAGGAGAGUUUUGUGGAGCUCUCGUUAAAGCAUCAUUUGUUAGUUGUCACGUGACUCUUCAUUAUAAAUAACACCAAUUUGGCUCAGGUUACUAAUCGUCGCUAAUGUAGUCGUGAGAAAAUAUAUUUUCUGUUUUGCAUAGUUUAAAAUCUCAAGAGCUAGAAUGACAGAAUUUCUUCCAACCUUUCGAGAAAGUUCUGCGAUAUUUUAGCGCAAUUUUCUUCGAUGAUCUCUUAACUUACGGACCACAGCGGUUUUCAAGCCAAAACUAAGACAAACAGGGACAAGAAAAUACUGACGAAGGGAAAUUGCGUGGAUUGUAGCAAGCAUCCUGAGUUGGUUAUCAAGUCAUGAAAUGGAUAAUUCUAGAUUUAGAAGAAUAACUUUUGUUUUCGUGGUAGAUAAGAUGUAGUGAUUUUUUUGUUGCUAUCUAGCGUCGAUCACAAGUUUUCUAACUCUCGGAAUGAGUGUGUCAGCAGAAAAGCAGACUCAUCUAAGCGGCCAUAAGUGGCACAUUUCCGAACUUGAAUUUAGUCCUGGUGGACUUCAUCUCGCAUCCAGUAGCUGGGAUAAAACUUUGCGGAUAUGGGAUCUUAGUACGCUGGAAUCAGUGUUUGUCUUGAGGCAUCAUCGCAGCCCUGUGACCUGUCUUUCUUGGCAACCAGGAGUGGGGACCGCGGGUUGUCUUGGCGUACUUGCUUCGGGUUCUGCAGAUAGUACGGUGGCUUUGUGGAGCGGGGAGACAGGCAAACUUCUGCAGUCACUUUCACCUCAUAAAGGAUGGGUGUUGGGUACUUCCUUCUCAAGCGAUGGCACUUUACUAGCUUCUGCUGCUUGGGACAAAACUGUUUGUCUAUCCGAUGCGCGUACGGGACAAAUGUUGCAGAAACUGACGGGGCAUUCAACUGGUGUAUGGACUUGUGCCUUCCAGACGAGCAUCGGUGCGGGUCUACUUUGUUCAGGCGCGGAUGAUGGCUCUUUAAAGAUUUGGGACACGCGAACAGCAAGCUCAGUGAUGAGUUUGGUAGGAGGGCACGAAGAUAGCGUGAAAUGUUGUGCUUGGUCUCCAGAUGGCAGUUACAUCGCCUCUGGUGCUACUGAUAGCAAGGUAAAAACUUUUUUUUCAAACUCUCAACUUAAUGCAGAAAUCAUGAUAAUUAUUUCUUAUUUAAAGAGAAAGGUUACAUAUGAGUCGAAAGUCUAAGUUGUUUGUUAUCGCCAAUUGCUCGGUAAUCUUUUUUGCGAUCUGGCACGCGAAAGAAGUAAAGCGCGAAAUUUGCUUCUACAAUUUGUAGACAUUUCCACUUAGUUUAACAAAUGUGAGAAAGUUUUGUACGUUGAAUAUAAUACUCCCAGCCAUUUCAAGUGUAAUCAUAAUGAUAACUGUUUUGAUCACUUAAAUGUAGAAGUUUGACGUUUAUUGUGAAUUGCUGUUUAAGUCUUAAAAGCUUCUCUGAAGUUCCGUGUCUUGUAUAAUGAUUUGUCGAUUACACUGGCGUCAAAUUACCGGGUGCAGUGGACAGUUUCUUGAUUGCAAAUUGGAAGAUUUUUAAAAUAAUUGUUCUUCGUCGUGGCACUCCUUUUCACAUUUUGCUGCAUUUCGCGUUUUGUCCAGUAAAACAAAGGGAAUAUUUAAGGAAGUGGAGCCUGAAAGAGUUUGAUAUUACUGUGUGAGAUAGAUAUGUUAGAUAUUGUUUGGCAUCCAUUAACUUUGUGAGCCACCACUUUCGUUCUGCAUUGAAGCGUACAAUAGAAGCCGACCUCAAGUGAUAGUUGAGUGGAACUCUUAAUUAUGAUAAAUAAUUCAUGGCACACUGAGCAGAAAUACAAAGAGUAGAAUCCCAGUGGUUGAGCCAUAAAAUUUUGUUAAAAAUAGUUAUUGGGUGGCCUUGGGAACUGAUACCAAAGGGGGUUUUUUUUUUCAAGUUUAACUUUAAACAUUAGCUUUUUGAUACACUCUAUCCUUUCUCUUGUAUGCUGGUAAUGUAAACUAGUGUAGGUCUAGAAUAUAUCCUUCCUCACUCCAAUAACAUGUGGAAACAUCAUAUUUCUUUACAAGAGAGCCCCUAUGUUGAGGAGAACAUUUAGAUUCUCACCAUGAUUUUAAAAAAGGAAAAUGUUGGAAAGCUUGAUGGGAAAAUUUACCUUCCUGUCUUGAGCAAAGAGGGUAUAGGUAAGAGGAAUCACAAGGGUUCCUUUCCAGACCCCCAUGUCCCCCUGAAGAUAAAAAGUCAAGUUUUUAUUGAAUUAUACAUCUAAUCUUGUGCCAGAUUUCUUUGUGGGAACCAAGAAGUGGAACCUUGCUGAUCAAAAUCAGAGGGCAUGAAGAUGCUGUAAAUAAGUUGCAGUUUUAUCCUGUUAUCAGUAGCAAAUCAGUGCCACUGAUUUUUUCUGUUGGAGACAAUUCAUGCCGUGCAUGGCAUCCAUUGAGGAAGCGUGGAAAACAGCUUCAGAUGAUCAAACAGCACAGGGUGGGAUCAGAGGUGAUGUUUGAGACUAUUAAGUCAAAUUUGUGAUUGGAUGUUUCCUUACUAUUUCUGUGGAUACUUAGCAGAGGCUGCAGGGUCCAUUGCAAAGAGGCACCUUUGCUCCCAACAAAAAUUGAUAACUCAUGUUAAUUACACUUCCUCACAGAAAAUUACUUUGGAUAGGUAGAUAUGGAUAUCUAUAGGUACCUCUCUAAGUGGCAGAGUUUAAUUUGUUGGGUAUGAUGUCUCACUGUCACUUAUAAGUAGCUGGCCAAAAUCACCAUUUACUUUCUGAGUAUGGCCUACAGUAUUCUGCUGGAAUAUUCCUUUGAUUCCUUUAUCAAAGACAAAAAAUUAGCCACCUAUUUUAAUUAUAAAGCUGCUUACUUCAAAACUUAAUUCCGAUAACCAUUGUUAGGGCAGUCUUUGAACUUUAUAGUCAAAGAGGGCAGCUAAAAUGUUUUCUUUUUCUGUGUUGAAGGUGGAAGCCCUUUCUCUGUCUCCAGAUGGGACUCUAUUAGCUACAGGUGCUCGUGACAAAGACAUAAUUUUGUCUUCAUUGGAUGUCUCUCUAACUGAGGUUGAUGCACUUCCUAUUGAGGAUCAGAAUGAAGCUGCAAUAAACUAUGGCGCUACACUGUGGAAGAAGUACACCCGUAAAGUUAUGCAGAGAAUACUUUGUAAGUGACAAUCUACUGUGAGACCAAUAGUACAAAACGCAAAAAUCAAAGUUAAUUAACCCUUGCCAUAAUAUCAGCUUUGCAAAGAAAGAAUAAAAUGGCUGGUAUUAACCUUAUAGUUGGCUGAUGCAUUUUAGAUCAAAUGUCAAAUGUAAAUUUUUUUGUGUGUGUGGUUCAAAUGCUGUGUAGUAGGUGUGCAACAGAAUGGUAGAAGAAUUGACAACAUUGUUGCCUCCAAAUAAGUACCUCAAGUUUGGCAUACUUAACAUAUGUUGUGUAUUGUUUUAAAUUUAUAUUGAUAGUCUGUAUUUAUGGGAUUUCUCCUGACAGUAUCUGUCUCUGUUUUAGGUGAACCUGGUGUAGGGACCGAUGAAAAUGAUGACUUUUCUCAAUCUUCAAAUAAUCCCAAAAACACAGCAUCCUUGGUUGGACGUGCCGUGAACAGGACUGAAAGUAAAGCAAAAGAAAAUUCUGCGGAGAAAGCAGUGAUACAUGUAAAUGAAGUUGAUAAAGAUGCUCAGUCUGAUGGUGUGUUACGAGAGCAGAGAGCAAGACUGCGCAAAAGUUCACGACCUGAGACCCCUUUAACCAAUGGUCCUGUAAACAAUUCAACACAUGAGAUAGAUGAAGUGCGACAACAACUGCGACAUGUAAAGCUUGACAAUCCCAUGCAAAAUGGGGUAACGAAUGGUCAUCAGUAUGCUGACACAAAUGGUCAUUUUUCCCAUUUUAAUUCUUUUGACAAAGGCCAGACAGGAAUAGACGAGAAUGGUGAGUCAUCACCCAAGAGAAAUGGAUAUCAUAGCCAUGGGGACAGCUCAAGUGCUGGCAGCAGCAGUUACUAUGGUGACAUAGAGGAUGUUGCCAAGGAUAUGUAUGAUUUGGCAAAUGGUGGAGAGGAUGCCAGACUUUAGACAGACCAGUUAUUUCCAAUUUUCUAGGUCUGAGAUGCACCAGAUUUCAAAAAAGUAUUGUCUUGUAACAGUAAAGGAAGAGUAAUGACUGAUUUGAAUCAGCAGAUGUUGAACAAUAAUCAAACUCUUUUUGACAGUGAAUCUUGAUAGCUUAGUGUACUGUGGUUGUAAAAUAUAGUUUAAUACAGUUCUUAAAUCAACAAGGCUCAAAAGUUUCAACUUGGCAUAAACAUACAUUACAUGUGGUGGUUAGUAGUGUAAUGACCAAUUUCUAGCAUUUUUGGAAGCUAAAAUGUCUGUUAAACAAAUCAGAGGAAACAUGCAGCAUACAAAUUUUGAUAUGCAACUUUUCAACAUCAUUCAAUAUCAUGGAGUAGCCAGAGGUAAAACUCCUCCAAAUCCAUGGAAAAGCUCAAUCUCUGACACAUAAUUUUGGUGCUGGUUAGAGUUCAUAUGCAAGGUAAUUUUAGCAACCUACCGGUAACUCAUUGUUGCCACUUUCGACAAGAAUUUCUCAGCUCUUAAUCAAGGCUGGAUGAAAGUUUUUCAUUAUAAUAAUUACCAUCACCAUGAUUGUACAUUAAUAAUUUCUUAUUACCCCAUUUUUUAAGAAUAAGCUGUUAUUGGACCAUGUAAAGUUUGUGUAAAAUUCCCCAUUGAAAUUUAAGUCUUUAAGAACCAUUUACCAUGCCGGUAGGAUGUAAAUAUAUUUAAUACAUGAAAUUGCAAAGCCACAAGUAAGGAAUACUUACAUUUGCUAGUACAUGUUUUAAUGUCCAUUUCUUUGUUUAUUGUAUUUAAUGUUUUUUUUAGUUGUUGUUUUUUUUUAUAUCUGGCAUAAUGCAUGUAACAUCAAACUCCUAGUCUUUCACCUUGAGAACUAAAUGUGGCUGCCUGUUGAUAGGUGAACUAUGAUGCUACAAAAGGCAAAGAUUCAUAUUACACAGGAAGCUUCCAAUAUUACUUUUUUAAGAGUUCUAUCUGAUCCUACUUGGACAGUUGGUAAAUAGAGCAGUUAGCCUUUGUAGAAAUUUAUUUAUUGUGAG